UUCCCAGGAGACAAGAAAGGACUUUCCCAUUACACACAAGAAGCAGGCAACUUUUCUCCACUGUGAGCAUUUGCAAUGAAGAGGAAACAGAAGAGGUUUCUGCAGAUGACUUUGUUAUUCACUGUGGCUUUAAUUUUCCUGCCCAAUAUUGGUCUUUGGUCUUUAUACAAGGAUAAACACCUGGUGAAAUCUGCAGAAGCUGUGGACCAUCAGACGUUUCCACUGGGCCUGGGAGAUGGGCAAUUCUAUUCGUGGACAGAUGGUCUGAGAAGAAAAGACUGGCAUGACUAUGAAAGCAUUCAGAAAGAGGCUUUGCGCUCAGGGAAAGGCGAGCAUGGAAAACCAUACCCCCUUACUGAAGAACACCAGGAUGACUCAGCUUACAGGGAAAACGGCUUCAAUAUUUUUGUCAGCAACAAAAUUGCUUUAGAGAGGUCUCUGCCAGAUAUCCGUCAUGCCAGCUGUAAGCACAAGAUGUACCUUGAAAGGCUGCCAAACACCAGCAUCAUUAUCCCAUUCCACAACGAAGGCUGGACCUCUCUCCUGCGGACCAUACACAGUAUAAUUAACCGAACCCCGGAGAGUCUGAUAGAGGAAAUCAUUCUAGUCGACGACUUCAGUGAUAGAGAACACUUGAAGGAGAAGUUAGAAGAUUACAUGGCUCGGUUUUCCAAAGUGAGAAUUGUUCGCACCAAGAAAAGGGAAGGACUCAUCCGGACCCGACUCCUGGGAGCUUCUGUGGCCAGAGGCGAGGUGCUGACCUUCCUGGACUCCCACUGUGAGGUCAAUGUGAACUGGCUGCCCCCGCUCCUCAACCAAAUUGCGCUAAACCACAAAACCAUCGUGUGUCCCAUGAUCGAUGUCAUCGACCACAAUCACUUUGGGUAUGAGGCACAAGCUGGGGACGCCAUGCGAGGAGCCUUUGACUGGGAGAUGUACUACAAAAGAAUCCCCAUCCCUCCAGAGCUCCAGAGGGCUGAUCCCAGCGACCCUUUUGAGUCUCCUGUUAUGGCUGGAGGUCUCUUCGCAGUGGAUCGAAAGUGGUUUUGGGAACUGGGUGGCUACGACCCAGGCUUAGAGAUCUGGGGAGGCGAGCAGUAUGAAAUCUCUUUUAAGGUUUGGAUGUGUGGAGGAGAAAUGUUUGACGUUCCAUGCUCUAGAGUCGGCCAUAUCUACAGGAAGUAUGUCCCUUACAAAGUUCCUUCUGGGACCAGCCUGGCACGAAACCUGAAGCGUGUGGCUGAGACCUGGAUGGAUGAAUUCGCCGAGUAUAUUUACCAGCGGCGGCCGGAGUACAGGCACCUCUCCACCGGGGACAUCUCUGCGCAGAAGGAGCUGCGCAAGAGACUCAAGUGCAAAGACUUCAAAUGGUUCAUGGCUGCCGUGGCCUGGGACGUGCCUAAAUACUACCCUCCCGUAGAGCCCCUGCCUGCGGCGUGGGGGGAGAUUCGGAGCCUGGCAGCAAACUUAUGUGUGGACAGCAAGCAUGGAGCCACGGGGACGGAGCUGAGGCUGGACGUCUGUGUCAAAGAUGGUUCAGAAAGGACGUGGUCUCAUGAGCAGCUCUUUACUUUCGGGUGGAGAGAAGAUAUCCGACCCGGCGAACCUCUGCACACCCGAAAAUUCUGCUUCGAUGCGAUCUCACACAGCAGCCCGGUCACGCUCUAUGACUGUCACGGCAUGAAAGGGAACCAGCUCUGGGGAUACCGGAAGGACAGAACACUAUUUCAUCCUGUAAGCAACAGCUGCAUGGACUGCAACCCUGCAGAGAAGAAGAUUUUCAUGGCCAGAUGUGACCCUCUCUCUGAGACUCAGCAAUGGAUUUUUGAACAUAUCAACAUGACUAUUUUAGAAAAAAAUAGCUACCCUGCCAGCUCCUAGAAAGGAAAGAAGAGCAAUCACCUACAGAUUGGGAACUGUGUUGUCGCGGGCACCUGGGUCAAAGGAGUCAGGAAUAACGUUUCCUAGAUCUAGGAAGCCUGCUUGAAAGAUGUGUAAACGCCAUGUCAACGUAGGCUGUUCGGGAGGAGUUCCUACAUCUGAAGAACUUGGCUGAGAACCCCACCAGCUGCUGCUGAGAACUGAAGACUAGCAGUUCCCUUGCUGGCCAAGGGUAAAGGUUAUUUAGGGACUGUUCGCCACGACUGCUGAGUUAAUCGAUACUAGCAUUUCUCAGGUCAAAUCCUGCAGUAGUGAGUAGCUAUGAAUGGAUCCUAUUAAUCGGGUGGGAGGGGGGCGGAAACAGAGCGCAUGACUGCUCUGGCAACUUGAGGCUACCACAGGCCUAGAACUAGCCACACUUGAAGGGUGAGCUCUUUGGUGCCAUUCUCUGAGGAGGAGUGGGUUAAGCAGGUUUAACCCUCUAAAGUGCUGCAGAUGAUUUUAGAGUGCUCAUACCAUUCUCUUUUCUUUUGUCUUCUCUUCGCACAAGGGUUCACGGCAUCUGAGACGCACAUCCCAUCUUCUCAUUCACACCUGCCAUUCUCCUUUCAGGGCCUUUACUCUCUGUCAUGGUUCAGAGGAGUCCAUGUUCCACCGAUCAGAUGACGUUCUAAUUCAGCAUCCUUGGAUGAAUCCAGUUAAAGACAAAAACAAACAACAACAACAAAAAAA